AUGAACAUAUUUCCCGAUCACAUAUAUGGUGGUAUUCCAGUAUUCAGACCAAACUGGGACCAAUUCAAAGAUUUCAGGACGUUUGUAUCCGCGGUAAGACAUUAUGGCUAUGAAUCAGGUGUUAUAAAAAUAAUACCGCCGGAAGAAUG